UAUGUCAAAAAAAGAAAUGAAGGAAAGGAGAGAAUUGGAGAAAGCAUAGCCGGCUAGGCCGGCUUAUGAAAGAUGUGGUGUUCGGAUAUUUGCUUGAGAAGAAGGGAAGGUCCAACGUCCAACUCCUCUCUUUGCGGUCAAUUUCUUAAAGGGAUAGACUCUUUCGUCUGCAUCUUCUCUCUCCCAAAGCCCUCUUGUUUGUUUCCCUCAUAAUAAUAUUAUAAAGCCCGCAUUGCUUUUGCUUCUUUAUUUGUGUUUUGUGAGUGCGUUUUCAGUCAUUCUUCACUUUGCCAAGUUUCAACAACCUCAAAAACGUUCUUUCUGUACAAAGAAAACCUCAAAAAUCAUGGUGGGUUAUGAGGAACAGCUUCUUUCAGGAGGACAACAGCUCUCCCUUUCUCAACCUGACCCUCUUGUCCUUGAGCUCAAUCGUCUGCAGAAUCUUCAUAAAGAGAAAGACAGAGAGUUGGGGGCUGCUCAUGCAGAAAUUAAGGCUUUGAAAACAACAGAAGUUUCAAAAGAUAAGGCUAUAGAAGAGCUCAGCAAUGAAGUUAUUAAACUGGAUCAGAAACUCAGUGUCACUGAAAAUCUUCUGGAGCAUAAGAAUCUUGAAAUCAAGAAACUCACUGAUGAAAAGAAAGAUGCAUUAGCUGCACAGUAUGCUGCAGAAUCAACUCUUAGAAGGCUGCAUGCAAAUCUAAAGGAUGAUGAUUCUCUUCCUAUCGAGUCUUUCAUUGCUCCUCUUGAGGCAGAGAUUAAAAUGCAUAAAAAUGAAAUUGCAGCAUUACAGGAGGACAAGAAGGCAAUGGAACGCCUCAACAAAUCAAAAGAGGCAGCUCUGCUUGAAGCAGAAAGGAUUCUGCGAAGUGCUUUAGAAAGAGCUUUGAUGGUAGAGGAGGUUCAAAACCAAAACUAUGAGUUGAAGAGACAGAUAGAAAUCUGCCAGGAGGAGAACAGAAUUCUGGAGAAAACAAAUAGGCAAAAGGUUUUGGAGGUUGAAAAGCUUAGCCAGACCAUUCAAGAGCUUGAAGAGGCAAUUCUAGCUGGUGGGGCUGCAGCCAAUACUGUCCGUGACUAUAAACGCCGAAUUUCUGAACUAAAUGAGGAAAAAAGGCUGUUGGAGAGGGAGCUAGCCAGAGCUAAAGUUUCAGCAAACCGAGUAGCGACUGUAGUAGCUAACGAGUGGAAGGAUGAAAAUGACAAGGUCAUGCCUGUAAAGCAAUGGCUGGAAGAAAGAAGGCUGAUGCAGGCUGAGAUGCAAAGACUAAGAGACAAACUAGCUGUAGCAGAUAGAUCAGCUAAGGCUGAAGAACAGCUCAAGGACAAGUUUAAGCUAAGGCUAAAGACACUUGAAGAAGGCUUAAAGCAUGUAUCAAGUUUCUCUGUUAACUCCCCUAAACCAGCAAAAACCAGCAACAUUCUAGGAUUUCUAACCAGUAGUGGAGGACUAAGGAAGAGGUCUUCCUCCCAGCCAAGGGGUUCUACCAUCAAUAGUAAUACUCCUUUGCGGCAGCCAAACAUAGAAAAUGAAAAUGCCAAUGCUGCUAGAGAGCUGAAACAAGCUGAUAGCUUCAAAAAGAAAUAUUGUUCUGCAGAAAACAAAAUGAGAAAUAGCCUGUGGGCAUCCAGAAGUAAGAUUAUUGAUAGCAGUGUAAAGGAAAACACAGAACUGAAGGAAAAUACAGAUGCAAAUAUUAACAAGUACAAGAAUGAUGAGACAGCAAUUUCAGUGGAACUGAAAAAUAAAGCUGGUGGCAUUGAGGACUUGCGCGGUAAGGGAACUACACAGCCUGAAUGUGAAGAUGUGGUUUCAGGGUUUCUAUAUGAUAGACUUCAAAAGGAGGUCAUAAAUCUAAGGAAAUCUUGUGAGGCUAAAGGAAGUAGUUUGGAUGCUAAAGACAGGGAAAUUCAGAUUCUCAUGAAAAAGGUUGCAGCACUGAACAAAGCCAUUGAAAUAGAGUCGAAGAAAGUGAAGAGGGAAAUUGCAGCCGGAGAGAAGGAAGCUGUGUCAGCAAAAGUGGAUCACACCAAUAAGUUUGGGAGUAUGAACUCCACUAGAAGGUUAAUGAAAGUGUCUUGAAGAAUUCUUUGAUCUGAUUUACUUGAAAUCCACAUGAAAUUCAUUUCAUUCUUCGACCUUUCCGGGCCUGUUUACUGAUGAUAGCUAGUUGAAAUAAAGUUCAGAUUUGAUGCAAAAGGAGUCCUGACCAUAUUACCUGAUAGGAUGGAGCUGAAUUGUGAUAAUUUCUGCUUUGAGAUUUGCAUGGAUGAUUUCCAAUUUGGUUUGGUUUGUGUAUAUGAAUAAUGAAAUGGAAGAUGAUCUGAAAAAUGGAAACAAAUGUUCUACUCAGUCAGGAAUAUGUACACAAAUAGUUUUUACACAAAUAAAAAUUCAAGAGAGAGAUUCAUUGGAAGAUCAUAUGUGAACAUGAAUUAUACAAAAGAAACAUUGUACAUACAAAAUUAAAUA